AUGAGCUCGGCAAGUACUAGUACAAGCAAGUUAUACUCCUUUGGUUGUGCCAUCGAUGGUAAACUAGCUAAUGGUCGCAUAGAUGGCUACGAAGCUUAUCCAUAUCACAUUGAACAAGUCGAUGGCCACUCAAAGUUCAACUACAUUGGUUGUGGUCACUAUCACAGCAUGUUCAUAAGCAAUGACUCCAAACUAUACUCAUGGGGAUGGACAUCAUUUGUAGGUGGAGAGAAGGGAAAGAAGGAGACAAACUACAAGGCCACGUACCCUACACGUGUGGACAACAAUGAUAAUGACUUGUUGGUAAAGAGUGUGGCGGGAGGUAGACGACAUACACUCAUUGUAGAUACACAAGGUCAAUUAUACUCCUUUGGCGUUGGAUCAGAAUAUCAACUGGGUCAUGGUGAUAAGCUGCAUCAGGUCACACCUACAAAGGUUACCGCACUGAAUGGCGUCAACAUUGUCAAAGCAGUUUGUGGAUGGGGUCACUCAAUGGCGCUGAGCAGCAAUGGAGAGGUCUAUGUCUGGGGAUGGGCCAAGGAUGGACAGCUCGGUUUGGGCGGUCGCCAAUCAGACGACCUUGCCCCGGUCACAUUGCCAGUCGUGCUGGAUCAACUGCGGCAGCACAGGAUUGUCGAUAUAUAUGCAGGAUCAGACUACUCGAUGGCACUCACAGACAGGGGAGAACUGCUGUCUUGGGGAAGUGGCGAGUUUGGACAACUUGGCCAUGGCGACAACCAACAUCAAUAUCGACCAAAGAUGAUUGAUGGACUGACAAUCACAACAAAGGAUAGUACAAGACGUGUGUCUUGUGGCUUCUCUCACACAUUGAUCAUUGAUGACAAUGGUGCAUUGGUGUCGUUUGGCUGGAAUGGAAGUGGACAACUUGGACUGGGAGAUACAGACAAUCGAUACACACCAACUAGUCUGCCGCCAGACAAUCACUUUGGCAAUGAUACAUUGGUGCAAGUUGCCGCUGGCCGAGCACACUCUGCCGCACUUACAAAGAGUGGACAUCUGUAUACAUGGGGCAGCAUGGCCAAAGGCAAGCUGGUGGAGGAGUUCAGUGAAGAUAACAACCUAGAGAGUGAAGAAAUUGCAGAACAAGUAGCUUGUGGAUUCGAUCAUACUCUGGUGAUGAUCAAGUAA